CCUUGAAGAUCGAAAACAAAUCCAAAAAUAAAUAAUAAACUACAAGAGGUUCUUUGUACACUUAGUGGCACUGCAUGUGCUGUGGAAUCACUCAGUUAUUGCCUUAUAUUCUAAUCAACCACCGGCCAUCUAUUAUACUCCUCCUUCCUUAUAUUAUCACUGUCUUCUCCAUGCCUGUCACCCCUCUCCAUCUCGCGUCCCUUGAGACCUUUCCUUCCCAAAUCUGAAUUAUAAUUUCAUAGUUACUAAUAAUGGGUGAGGAAGCUAAACAGGAGCAACCCAAAGUGGAGGAGAAGAAACAAGAGAAGCAAGAAGAGAAAGCAGAAGAGAAGAAGGAAGAGAAGCAAGAGGAGAAAGUAGAAGAGAAGAAGGAAGAGCCUAAACCACCAUCACCUUGCGUGCUGUUUGUGGACCUGCAUUGUAUGGGAUGUGCCAAGAAAAUUCAGAAGUCAGUUAUGAAAAUGAGAGGAGUUGAGGGAGUGGUCAUUGAUAUGGCUAAAAAUGAAGUGACCAUAAAGGGAAUAGUGGAGCCUCAAGCAAUCUGCAACAGAAUAACCAAGAAAAUAAAGAGGAGAGCCAAAAUCAUAUCUCCACUGCCUGAAGCAGAAGGAGAACCUAUACCAGAGGUUGUAACUUCUCAGGUUAGUGAACCAGUAACUUUGGAACUUAACGUGAACAUGCACUGUGAGGCCUGUGCUGAGCAACUGAAGAAAAAGAUACUCAAAAUGAGAGGAGUGCAGACGGCAGAGACAGAGCUGAGCACAGGGAAGGUGACAGUGACAGGGACGAUGGAUGCGAACAAGCUAGUGGAUUAUCUGUACAGGAGCACCAGAAAACAAGUAACAAUAGUGCCACAAGCAAAACCAGAAUCAGAACCAGAAAAGAAUGAAGCAGAGGAGGUCAAACCUGAAGAGAAAAAAGAGGAGGAGACACCAGCAGAGGAAGGAAAGAAAGAGGAAGGCGAUGGAAGUGGUGAAAACAAAAGUGAGAAUAAUGAAGAAGAAAAGGGUGGGGAAGAAGAAGGAGGAGGAGGAGGAGAACAGAUAGAGAUGAUCAAUAUGGAAGAUGAAAGGAUGAAGAGGAUGAUGUACUAUUACCAACCACUCUAUGUAGUUGAACGAAUCCCACCACCUCAGCUAUUCAGUGAUGAAAACCCAAAUGCAUGUUGCAUCUCGUAAAUUCUAAGAGGAGAGGAGUUAAAA